AUGACUGCCAAAACGACCAACAACAGAAAGACAUGUAAUUGCAGAAACAAGGAUCUUUGCUCUCUUGAUGGAAAAUGUCUCAAAAAUAACGUAAUCUACGAAGCCACAGGGACAGCAUCCGGAACUACAAGUAACUACAUCGGCAUGACGGAGAAUGACUUCAAAACAAGAUUCAACAACCAUAAACUCUCUUUUAGGAACCGAAACCACUCACAUGACACAGUACUUUCAAAAUACAUCUGGGAACUAAAGGACAACGACACGACAUACGACAUCGAGUGGCUUAUCAUCAAGAGGGCAAACACCUACAAGGGAAAACCGUCACUCUGCAAAUUUUAG